GCGACCGAAACAGCAGCACCAACCCCACCAACAGCCCCUGCGACGCCUGCUGACUGCCGAAUUUUCUCUUCCUUCUCUCUCCUUCCUCUCUGCUUCUUCUCUUCGCUUCCCUCCCCGUCGCUUGAAGCCUGCAUACUUAAACUCACCAGAUACCUUCCUCCCUCCUAACCUCAGUCACAACCAUCACAACCAUCACCACCUUCAACAGACGCCAUGAAACUAUCGAUAUCUGCUCCCAUUUCCAAUCUCUCCAACAAUCAGAUCCUCAACAAAAGUGUCGUUGACAACUCCUCCACCUCCUCGCUUGCCUCUGCCUCCCCUGUUCUUCUCCUAGUCAACUAUAACUUCACUGCUCAGAAUCCAAAGGAAUUGUCUGUCAAAUCUGGCGAAAUCCUCAAGCUAAUCUCUGAUAUUGAUAAUGAUUGGUGUUUGGUCAAACCAAUUGGAAGAUUAGGUGGUCCUGGUUUAAUUCCAAAAUCCUAUGUCAAAUCAAUCUCCAUUCAAUCUUUAGAUCUCACCAACCCUAAUUCUACUAAUAAUAAUACCAUCACCCAAAGUAACAACUACAGUUACAACUACUCAAAGAAAAAAAAAUCCACUUCAUCAAACAGCAUAGAAAGUGAUGUAUCCUCAACCCUAUCAACCUCUGAUAGUAUUCUCAGUUUAAAUCAAACCAAUAGGACUUCAAAUUCAACCACAUCCUCAAUCAAUAACCCCACUAAUUCUACAAAUCCUAUUAAUAAAAACAGCAAUAACAAUAAUAACAAUAACGUUAUUCAUCGUUCUUACCCAAUCAAAAUUACCAUUUCAAAUCUUUUAGUCCAAAAGAAUAGCUUCUUUUACAUAAUUGGCAUCCUGCUAAAUAAUAACUCAAAAAGAUUCAUAUCUCGUAGUUACAAUGAUUUUCAUGACUUACACCUUCAGUUCAUCCAUUCUUUAAACAAUAUCCCCAAUUUAAAUAAUUUCCAGUUACCACAAUUUCCCCAACUACCUCAACUCCUUCAAUCUCCUUCUUACUCCCCUUCUAAUGCUUCUAUUCCUUCUUCAAACCCAAAGGCCCUAUUUGAUCUAAUCCAGCCCUUGAAUUCCUAUUUAAACAAAAUCUUUUCUCAAGAUAAAUUAGCUAAAUCAAUCAACAAAAUCCUUUUCGAUUGGUUAUCUCCACUAUCAAAUGAUCUAGAAAUUGAUACCAAUCACCCUUUAUAUUUUGAUUCAAAUUCUUAUUUCUCUUUAUCAAAAAUUAUUGAUAUGAUUGCACCUUCUUCAUCUAUUUUUAAUCCUAACAAUAACAUCCCAAAUUUUCAAAAACCUUUACCUUCUUUACCUCCAUCUCAAUCUCAAUCCCAAUCUCAGUCCCAAUCUCAGUCUCCAUCUCCAUCUCACUCUCCAUCACAAUUUUACAAUCACCAUAAUAGCAAUAUUACUACCAUUAAAAGUACAACUCUAUACGCCCAAGCCCAAAAAUCUCUCUCUUCUCCAAUGCUAUCCCAUUUUAACCUACCUAAACCAAGCAAUAUCCCUUCAAAUCAUCUGCACUAUAAUCAAAAUCAAAAUCAAAACCAAAAUAACUAUAACAAUUAUAACACUCAUAAUAAUCUUACCCCAAAUUUACAACAUUAUUCUAACCAUUCUAAUAAUGGUUCACUUAAUUCAUCCCCAACCGAAAAAAAAUUUCACCACCUGUUGAAAAAAAUCUUUAGUCAACAAAAAAAUCAAGUUCAAAUUCAAAUUCAACAAAACUCUCUUGAAUCUCUUCCUCUUCCAAAUUCCGUUCCUCAAAUUCCAUCUCAGCCUCGCUCUCACUCUUACUCGAAUUCUCACUCAAAUUAUCAACCUGAUUUUCAACUGCCCACAAACGAUCCUCAACACACUUUAAGAAUCCCCAAACUUCGAAAGGAUUUUUCUCGUUCAUCUCCAAAUAUCCUCAAUUUAACCAUCUCCUCUUCAAAGGCAAACCACACCAACAACGAAAAUAAUCUUCUUCUACCAACCGGGUUUUCCCCAAUCGCAGCAUCCCCAUUAUCUUCAACUUCUUUUAAACUAAGGCAUAGCAGAAAUAAAUCGUUAAACUCAAUUCUCUCAAAUAAUUCCAAUAUAUCAAGCAAUUCAAAUCAAUCAAUUUCUUACCCCCCUCAUCAUUUGUCUCAUAGAGCUUCUUCUUCUUCUUCAACUUCAAAAACCGUCUCUAUUCAAACCCCAACUCCUAUCUUAGAUCAAUUUUUAGAUUCAAUUCAUAUUCCAAAUUCUACUCCCGUUUCUGCUUCUGCUUCUGCCUUUGCUUCCACUUCCAAUUUUAAUUCAAAUUUCAGUUCACACUCACAUUCAAAUUCUAUUUCUACCUCAAAUACUUCUCCUCCUCCUCCUCCCUCUCCCCUUCAUAAAAAGGACCCAAACUCAAUUAAAAUUAAAGUAUUUUAUAACAAUGAUAAUGAUAUCGUUGCUUUGAAAAUUCCAAAGGAUUCAACUUUAGAUUCAUUAACUGAACUUAUUAAGAAUAAAAUCAAUACUGACGAAGAUAUUUCUAUAUUAUACAAAGACAUUACUGGUUAUUAUGCCCCUCUCCAAUCUGAUAAAGUUUUAAUGGCUGCUAUUUAUGGUGAUGAUCAAAAAAUCUUAUUAAAAGUGGAAUUUUCCUAAUAACUUUUCUAAUAAAUUUCCUAAUUUUUAUUUUAUUACCUAUUUCUCAUAAUUUUUUUUUUUCAAUUCAAAC